AAUAGAGACAGCAUUUUUGCUGCCUAACAAAACGGUGAUAUGCCUGCCUGCCUUUGAAUUUUUUUCUGAUAGUCUCCCCUAAAUGCUUUGUACAACUGUUAGGUCAUUUUCAACAUUCCCAAAACCAACUCUGCCAACCCCAGCUCAGAUCCUGUAUGCAAACAAACUAUUCAAACAACCCGCUGCUUUUGUGAAAUCUAUCGCUCAUGUCGAACAGGCUCCCAAGACUAUUAUUCCCGAGGUAGCCUUUGUAGGCAGAAGUAAUGUUGGGAAAUCCACAUUAAUCAACAAGCUGCUGAAUCGCAAAGGUCUUGUUAAGACUUCUAGCAAACCGGGACAUACGCGAUUGAUCAAUUUUUUCAGCAUUGGAGAUCAGAUGCAUUUAGUAGAUAUGCCUGGCUACGGAUACCGUUCUCGAGAGGAGUGGGGUGAGAGCAUCAUGAGCUACAUAACUACACGCGAUCAGCUUAAGCGAACGUUUGUUUUAAUCGAUUCCACGGUUGGAAUCAAGCCUGCUGACCAGCAACUGUUUGAAUACUUUGAUAAACUAGCAUUGUCGUACCAAGUCAUACUGACCAAGCGAGACCGCAUAUCUGCCAAGCAGUUUCAGGAAAACAAAGAAAAAAUAGAAGCGGAUGUAUUCAAAGAUGCUAUAUGUUGUUACCCGCAAUUAUUAGUAUCUGGGCAACAGCGGAAAGGCCGCAAGGGAGUGCUUCAAGGAACAACCAUAGAUGAAGGAAUCCAAGAUAUUCGAUGGGCCAUUGUCAAUGCUGCCGGGAUCUAUGUUCCUCCACAAGCUACACCAGCAGAUAUAGAAAAUUAAUUGUUCGUCAUGUCAUCCAAACCUUGACGUCUCUUUUUUUAUUAUAAUUAAAAAUG